UGGUAUGGCCUGUCCGGCGUAAGGCGUCUCACACCUCCACCCCUCUUUCUCUUUAGGUUGGUUCAGCCCCGGUCUACUCAGGGGUGGUGCUUAGCCGGCGCCAGACAGACCCUCGACUUCGGAGAGGCAGUGCCGUUCCCCUAGGCGCUUCCGCAGCUUCAUCGGCUUCCUCGGCUUCCUCGGGGACCGUAGACCCUGGUUUAUGCUCCUCCUCUGACCCGGCUAGAGACAUGUCGACCCCGGCCCGGCGGCGCCUGAUGAGGGACUUCAAGAGGUUACAGGAGGAUCCCCCAGCCGGAGUGAGCGGGGCUCCAUCGGAGAACAACAUAUUGGUUUGGAACGCGGUCAUUUUCGGGCCCGAAGGGACCCCAUUUGAGGAUGGAACAUUUAAACUUACAAUUGAAUUCACUGAAGAAUAUCCAAAUAAACCACCUGCUGUUAGAUUUAUCUCUAAGAUGUUUCAUCCUAAUGUGUAUGCAGACGGUAGUAUAUGUCUGGAUAUACUCCAGAACCGUUGGAGCCCAACCUAUGAUGUGUCUUCCAUUUUAACAUCCAUACAGUCUCUAUUGGAUGAACCUAAUCCCAAUAGUCCAGCAAACAGCCAGGCUGCACAGCUGUACCAGGAGAACAAGCGGGAGUAUGAAAAGCGUGUCUCUGCAAUAGUAGAACAAAGCUGGCGUGACUGUUGACUCAGGGUAGAGCAAAAGAGGCUGGCAGCAAAAGAAGAGGCUGGCUAUAAGAGAAGUGUAUAUUGAUGCAUUUAUCACCUUCUUAUUCCUAAUUCAUUACAUUUACUUUAUUAAAAACAAAAUAGCUGUUGUGCUGUUUCUGUCUUCCCUUCUCAAGUUUUUCUUCCCCUUUCUGUGUGGAGCGGCAGAGAUACUAUUUGAAAUCCAAUGUACUGUACCUGGGUUACUUGCAAACAUUACAACUGCAUAUGUCCUUUUGUUGUAUCUCAUCUCCAGCCUCCAAGCAGUUAUCAGGUUACUGUACUUUUUAUACUAAGCUUUUAAGAUAAAAUGUUAUGUAUAGCCUGGUGACCAGGAUGAUAUUUGUAACAAAAUGAUUGCUGCUGUGUUUCAUCCUGGCCAGUCCUUCCUUGUGUUUGAUUUGGUAAAGAAUAUUUAGAAUAUGGCCUAAAGAAAACAGGAAUGCAUCUAUAGACACAUUAUUUGAAAGGGGAAGGAAAACUGAAAAAUCCUAUCAUAAGCAAUAUGAACUGCAAGAUGGCACUUAUUAGUAUCAAGGAGACUGCUAAAGGACCCAGCUAACAAACUGAAGCAUUUUAAUAACUGACAUAGUCCACUUUUUGCAAGAUAUUCAUAGUGCAAAACUCAAUUGUUUCAAAAUCCUGGCCUUCAGAGUUUUUGUUUUUUAAAGAGGUUUGAGAAUAGGACUAGAAGCUGUCUUUUUUUUUUUUUUUUUUUUUAAGU